GCUUGUUUGUAGUGAAAAACGUUUGCAAAAACUUAUAAAUCUUACUACAUUCAAACACUGUACUACGUAUGACGAAACCCUCAACGCUGUCUCAUUAGAAAACAAAAUUAUCAUGUUUAACAAGCCAAUAUAUAUAGGUUUUGCAGUGUUGGAAAUUUCCAAGACCGUCAUGUAUGAUUAUCAUUAUAACGUUAUGCAGGCUCAUUAUAGGGAUAAAAUUGAGCUCAUGUAUACUGAUACAGAUUCACUGGUAUACUAUAUUCAAACCGAUGAUUUUUACAAAGACCUGGAGAAUAAUUCCAAUUUACUCGAUCGAAUGGAUACAUCAGACUUACCACAAGAUCAUCCAUGUUACAUUGCUGAGCGAAAGAAAAUCCCUGGUUUGUUUUCCGAUGAAACAAAUUCAGAGGUUAUGACGCAUUUUUGUGGGCUCAGAGCAAAGUCUUAUUCAUAUAAGAUCAAUGGCAAGGAGAAGAUCAGGGCGAAAGGAAUCCGCGGGCAUGUAGUCAGAAACCAUAUGAAUUUCAACGAUCAUUAUCGCUGUCUGUUUGGUGAUACAACUUUGGAUGUGAUGACGGAGAAUGUCUCUAUCCGGUCGUUCAAUCAUCGAUUGAAGACUAUUAAAUCAACCAAAUUAACUUAUAAUAGUUUCGAUGACAAGAGGGUUAUACUUGAGGAUCAAAUACAUACCUUGGCUCACGGUCACUACUCUAUAGAGGACACCAGAACACUAGAGCAAGCAGAAGCCGAAUUAAUACAACUUCCGGAAGCCGAGAUAGACAGAUAGUUUUUUUUUUUUUAUUUAUUAUAGAUGAUUUGUUUUUAU